AUGCAUAUUACCUAUCGUGGAUUGUUUCUUGUUAUCUGUUUCGGAAUUGCAAUCGAAUGCCAAGGUGGUGGCGGUGGAGGAGGUAGUUUUUCUGGAGGAGGUACGUUUUUCUAUGGAGGCAGUGGUAGUUCAUGUACCGGUGAUAAUUGUGCCUCUAGUACAGUAAUUGCGUUAAGUAUUGUUAGUGGUAUUAUUGGUUUAGGAUUGUUGAUCUUUGGUGUUAAUUAUUGCGUUAACUAUUGGAAAGGUAGACCAUCUCAAACAAAUAUAGUAUUUAUUAAGAAUCAAACUACUGAAAAUUGUAACCCAGAAAAAUCUGAUAUGAGUAUGUUUAAAUCUGGUCAUUGGAAAAGUCAAUAUUUUCAAUAUGGAAAAUGGCAUGGACCUUGUCGAUUUUCUCUUACAUUCGACACUAAUUCAAUGACUGUCAAAGGAAUAGGAUCAGACAAUAUAGGAAAAUUUACGAUCAAUGGAAUAUAUUCGCCCGAAACAAGUCGGUUAGGUUUAUCGAAAAAGUAUCAAUUAGGUACUGGUAAUAAAACAGAAAACUUAGGACAUACAGUUACAAUUCAGUUAACCUGGAAUGAACAAAAUAAUCAAUUUGAAGGAAAAUGGUAUGUGCAGACAAAUAAAUAUCAUGGUGACGAUAAAUUUCAGCUUAAAUUUGAUGGUCAACACUUAUCAACUGUAUACGGAAAAGUCUAA